UCCCGCCGCGGGCCGUGCCGUGCCGUGCCCGGGGCCGUGCCGUGCCCGUGCCCGUUCCCGUCCGGGCGGGGCGGCGGCGGCGGCGCUUCCUGGUGCGGGGCGGCGCGGCGGGGCAUGGCGCUGGUCACCGUGCGGCGGUCGGCGGGCUCCCCCAGGGACCCGGCGGAGGAAGAUGCGCCCAAGCGCGGCCGGCUGCAGCGACGGCAGAGCUUUGUCAUGGUCAAGGGGGCCGCGCUGCUGCUGCCCGCGGAGGAGCCGCUGGAGGCUGAGCCCCCCCCGGCUGCGCCCCCCGGGCAGGCCCCGGGGCGGCAGGAGCAGCACCUGCAGCUCAUGAUGCAGCUGCUGCGGCCCCAGGAUGCCAUCCGGCUGGCGGUGCGGCUGGAGUCGGCGCGGCCGCGGCGGGUGCGGUACCUGCUGGUGGUGCGGCCCGAGGAGGCGGGAGCCGAGGGGGAGACGGCGCUGCUGGGUGUGGACUUCGCCCACGAGGGGGCCACCCGCUGCACCCUGGGCAUGGUGCUGCCCCUCUGGAGUGACACCCAGGUCUUCCUCGACGGCGAUGGGGGGUUCAGCGUGACAUCGGGGGGGCAGACCCGCAUCUUCAAGCCCAUCUCUGUCCAGACCAUGUGGGCCGUGCUGCAGGAGCUGCACCGCGCCUGCGAGGAGGCCUCCCGCGGCGGCCACAUCCCCGGGGGCCCGGCGCUGGCCUGGGCCGGCGGCUACGCGGCGGCGGUGGCCUCGGAGCAGAGCUGCCUCAACGAGUGGCUGGCCAUGGCCGACCUGGAGUCCGUGCGCCCCGCCUCGCCCACGCCCCUCCGGCCGGCGGCGCCGGAGCUGUCGGAGCAGUCGGUGCGGGCGCUGCUGCGGGAUGUCAUGGCCACCGCCGACCUGGAGAGCGUCACCUCCAAGGAGGUGCGGGAGGAGCUGGAGCGACGCACGGGGCACAGCUUGGCCCAGCACAAGGACUUCAUCGACAACGAGAUGCUGCUGGUGCUGGCGCAGAUGGACCGGCCCUCCCGCGUCUUCCCACACCUCUACCUGGGCUCCGAGUGGAACGCGGCCAACCUGGAGGAGCUGCAGCAGAACCGGGUCACCCACGUCCUGAACGUGGCGCGGGAGAUCGACAACUUCUUCCCGGCGUUGUUCACCUACAUGAACGUGCGGGUGUAUGACGAGGAGACGGCCCAGCUCCUGCCCCACUGGAACGACACCUUCCUCUUCCUCUCCCGCGUCCGGGCCGUCGGGGGCCGGGCGCUGGUGCACUGCCGCAUGGGGCUGAGCCGCUCGGCGGCCACGGUGCUGGCCUACGCCAUGAAGGAGUUCGGCUGGUCCCUGGAGCGGGCGCUGCGGCACGUCCGGCACGUCCGGCCCGGCGUCCUGCCCAACCCCGGCUUCAUGCGCCAGCUCGACUUCUACCAGGGCAUCCUGCAGGCCAGCCGGCACAGCAGCCUGUGGGAGCCCAAGGCCGGCGAGCGGGCGGGCCAGCCCGAGGAGGGCCCGGAGGCCACCCAGGGGGAUGGGGGCGGCCCGUCCCCGUCGUCCCCGUUGUCCCCGGGGGAGGCGGGGGGGCCGGGGCUGCUGGGGGCCUCCCGCCGCCCCCGCAUCUCCCUCUGCGCCGUCAUGCGGAGCAUCAGCCAGCUGGAGUCCCCCGAGCCCCCCGAGCUGCCGGGGGAGCCCCUGGGCGGGGAGGUGCUGGUGGCCACGGAGGGGCCGGCGGUUGCCCCCCCGGGGGCCCGUCCCUCCUCCCGGCCCCGCCGCGUGGUGCGCCAGGCCAGCCUGGACGGAGGCCCCGCCCCCGCCUGUGACCACGCCCCCUCGGAGGCCCCGCCCCCCGCCGAUGACCACGCCCCCCGCCUCCCCUCAACCCCGCCCCCCGCCCCCUAACCCGCGGGGGGGGGGGGGUAUGGGGCAGAGCGCUACAGGGAAAGGGGCGUGGCCUAGCCCUGCGGGGGGCGUGGCCAGGGAGCGGCCACGCCCCUCCCACACACUGUCUGCACUGCAGGGGGUGGAGGGGGCCGGAGGUCACAGUGCCUCACACCCACCCCCCCCCCCGCCACCACUGACACCCCCUCACUGCACCCGCACUGAGAAUAAAGCGUGGA